GAAACUCGCUCUCUCAGUACCUUCAGAGAGAACUCUCUCUCUCUCUCUCUCUCUCUCUCUCUCUCUCAGCAAAGAGAGAUAAAAGAGAAGCCAUGAUCUCGUUGUCUUCGAUCCGAACAUUUCGAAAGCUCUCUUCUUUCCGCAUUCUUCUUCUCUCUCAUUCACCUCUCCCUGUUUCUCCCAACCCAAUCCUGUUCCCUUCUCCUUCUCUUCUCUCACCUUCUCAUCCCUCUGUUUCUCUCUUCUCCACCACUGCUGCUCUCUUCGACAACAGCACCACCACCACUAGUAAAUGCUCCCCCAUUUCAGUAGCAGCAGCAGCGGCAGCUGAUGAAGAAUCCUCUGACCCCAAUCACCGCUACACCGAUGCUUACGCCGCUGUUGAUCUCGCCCUCGACUCUGUCGUGAAGAUUUUCACAGUCUCGAGCAGCCCCAACUACUUCCUCCCAUGGCAGAACAAAUCCCAGCGCGAGACCAUGGGAUCCGGAUUUGUUCUUCCUGGGCGAAGGAUUCUUACCAAUGCUCAUGUAGUUGCUGAUCAUACGUUUGUUCUUGUGAGAAAGCAUGGCUCUCCUACCAAGUACAGAGCAGAAGUUCAAGCUAUUGGACAUGAAUGUGAUCUAGCUCUGCUUAUUGUUAAAAGUGAAGAAUUUUGGGAGGGGAUGCAUUUUCUGGAGCUUGGGGACAUUCCAUUUCUGCAAGAAGCCGUAGCUGUUGUUGGAUAUCCCCAAGGUGGAGACAAUAUUUCUGUUACUAAAGGUGUUGUAUCUAGAGUUGAACCAACGCAAUAUGUCCAUGGUGCCACCCAGCUCAUGGCUAUACAGAUCGAUGCCGCCAUCAAUCCAGGGAACAGUGGAGGUCCUGCAAUCAUGGGUGACAAGGUUGCUGGAGUGGCUUUUCAAAACCUUUCAGGUGCGGAGAAUAUUGGGUAUAUAAUACCCGUUCCCGUAAUAAAACAUUUUAUAGCAGGCGUGGAGGAAACUGGAAAAUAUGUUGGAUUUUGUUCAAUGGGUUUGUCAUGCCAGCCCACUGAAAAUGUGCAGUUGAGAGAACACUUCCAGAUGCGCCCUGAAAUGACUGGGGUGCUUGUGAGCAAAAUAAAUCCUCUUUCAGAUGCCCAUAGAUUGCUGAAGAAGGAUGAUAUCGUCCUCACAUUCGAUGGUGUGCCUAUAGCAAAUGAUGGGACAGUUCCUUUUAGAAACAGAGAGCGCAUAACGUUUGAUCAUCUAGUCUCUAUGAAGAAACCCAAUGAAACAUCUCAGGUCAGGGUUUUGAGAGACGGAGUAGAGCAUGAGUUCAGCAUUAUUCUCCGACCAUUACAGCCAUUAGUUCCAGUUCAUCAGUUCGACAAACUGCCAAGUUACUACAUUUUUGCUGGUCUGGUUUUCAUUCCACUGACUCAACCUUACCUUCAUGAAUAUGGUGAGGACUGGUAUAAUACUUCUCCACGUCGAUUGUGUGAACGUGCACUCCGAGAAUUGCCCAGAAAGGCUGGUGAACAACUUGUCAUUCUUUCUCAGGUGCUGAUGGAUGACAUCAAUGCGGGGUAUGAGAGGCUGGCAGAACUACAGGUGAAGAAAGUGAAUGGAGACGGAGUCAAGAACCUGAAACACCUAUGUGAACUUGUGGAGAACUGCAAGCAAGAGAACGUGAGGUUCGAUCUGGAUGAUGAGAGGGUGGUUGUGCUGAACUAUCAUUCGGCACGGGUUGCUACUUCUCGGAUUCUAAAGCGACACAGGAUACCAGCAGCCAUGUCCGCCGACCUGAUUGACGAACAGAACAUCAGCACAGAGCUUGAGGCAGCAUGCUUGAAUUCGACACAGUAAGGAUUCUAUGUGCUGUUAAUUUCUGAUGGACGGUUGGCACGGAUAUUUAUCCAUUGAUUCUAGUCUGUGAAACAGUCCAGUGCAUAAAAGAUCACUCAAGGUCCUAUGGCGCGCGAUGGGUUUUUGUAUCAUUUUCCCUUUUUUUUCCCUGUAUGGUAAAUGAAAUUAAAUGUGUUCCUGGCAGAUGGAAACCUGUUGUUUGCCGGUGAA